UAUCCCAUUCUGUGGGAGACAAUCAUGGAGCUAACUUCUGGUUACAGUGUGGAGAGCAAGGAGAUGGACAGAAACACAUUUAAAGACAGUGAAUGUUAUCAGACAAAAAACAAUAUCACCAGCUCAGGGAAGGUUCGGAGGAAACGCACAGUCUAUAAUCAAGCCAAUUUAGACAUACUGCUUAAGACAUUUGAUAAAAACCCAUAUCCAGGCAUCACAAUAAGAGAAAAACUGUCCCAGCUUACAGGCUUACACGAGUCCCGGAUCCAGGUCUGGUUUCAAAACAGAAGAGCCCGGAAGAGCAAAAAGCAGAAGGAGGAGGAAGAAAAAAAGUGUAACAACAAGGAAAACCUCCAUCUUGUUUGUACUCCACAAACCAACCAUACAGCACAGAGUACCAAGAAGUUCUACAGUAUGGGACAUUGUGAGCUCAGUUAUAAAAGUUGCCCAGGUCUAUUGUACUCUGAUGUACAUUUUUGCACAACCAGUGCCAUGAGUUCCCGGCUAAUUCAGGGCCGACCAAGCCCAUUCCAAGCAGCCAAUGUGGUACCAUCAACAGGUCCAGAGAGGUCUUGCAACAUCAGCUCACAAGAAUAUUCCUUUGCCCAGCCUGUGCCCCACCACCAUCAUAUGCCCAUUACAAGUUACUUAGGUCCAAAUAACUCUGCCUACAGCCAAAACUACCAUAAGCCAAUGGAGUCUUCCCAUAGCCUGAUGCAAGAGUGCUCAUUGGAGCAGAUGUUGGAUGAGUUACAGCCCUGUUGGAUGGAUGUAGAUAACAAUUACACUGGAGAUAAUGAGGACUUGUUUCAUUUUCUACAACUGCAAUAGCUAUGAUGUAUUGGACUACUGUACUUUACCCUGCCCCAUAG